AUGAGCAUCAGCAAGCCAGCCCGGAGCCUCAGCUGGCAAAGCCCGGCGCGCAUCACGCAGGAGUUUCGCACAAGGAAAGGAAGGCCGCGGCACGGCGGAUGCUGCAUGCUGGCCGCCACCGCAGAUGCAUUGAACACUGCAUCGGCAGUGAUGGCAGAUGACGCCAUGGUGGACCUCAACCCUGAGGCCGUAGAGCAAGCAAGUGCCGCCUCAAAGCUGACACAGCCCGCACAUCAUGAGCAUCGGCAAGCCAGCCCGCAGCUUCAGCUGGGACUCCAGGCUAGUAGCUUGCUGAUGCUCAUGAUGCGCACCGGCCUUGCCAUGAGCAUCAGCUGGCAAAGUCGAUACAACUUGCCAGCCGACUACAUCCGCAACUCCGUCUUGGUGCUCCUGUCCUCGACGGAGGCGGUGAUUCGGCAGAACGCUGUGUACACCGGCUCGUACGCCACCCGCGUGGAGGCGCGCGUUCGCGGGGCCCUUCGCGGGGCGACCCAGCCCGUGUCGCUGGCGCAGUUGAGUGCCCGGCAUGGAUUCGACGCCGACCUCCUGCCCAAUGCCGUGCAGAAGCUGAUUAAGGAGGAGGUGGUGCUCGGGAAGCUGCAGGGCUCGACGUUUACGCCCAAAGCGUACACCGAAGCCGAGGCGAACAAGGUUGACGGCUUCUUUGAAGCCAAUGGCUACCUUACCGCUGCAGCCGCAAAGUCAUCUGGGCUCACGCUCAAGGAGUGGGUGGCCCAACGAAAGGCAUCGGGCUACAACUUGGGCGGCGCCUUCAUCGCCACACACCUGGUGGACUCGGCGAUGGCAUCCAUCACCGAUGCGCUGUCGGCUGAUGGGUGGAUCGAUGCGCAGCCUUUGCUGCCGCAUGCGCUGACGGCCGCCGAUGCUGCGGAGCUGCUCCUGCAGCUCUCAAGCCAGAAGAGGCUGCCCGGCAAUGCCGUGGUUUUGGACCGCGUGGCUGCAAGCACUGGCUUCGUCCAAGGCAUCGCCAAGGCCAUGGAAGGCGAGGUGCAGGCAGCAGCCGAAGCCGCCACAAAGAAGCGCGGCGCCAAGAAGUCUGUGGAGGAGGAGGAAGACGAGGGGCCCAGUAAGAAGGGCGCCAAGCGCGCCAAAGGGGGCAAGAAGAAGCGGGGAGGCGACGACGACGAGGGCGCAGAGACGUCUCGUGCUGGCAACGCCGAAUCAGGUGUGUCGAACGACCUCAUUGCCAACUAUCUGGCGGACCAGCAUCCGGAUCUGCCAAGCGACAUCCACGACGACCUUUUUGCGCAGGUGCAGCUGCUUCUGGCAACCAUGGUUGCGGAAGUCGUAGACAAGUUGCGGUCUACGCUGCAGACGAAGCAGAAGCACCAGUUUGAGCAGGCUGACAAAAUCGUGCAGGAGCGCUACGAGAGGCUGGUGCUCGGCCUGAAAGCCCUCGAGGCAGCGAAGCUCCAGGAGUCGCCGCUGCACCAGCAUCUCCUGAAGGAGGUGGUGAUGGAGCCGUGCCACAUGCUUAUUGCCCUGCGGCUGGAGGAGGCGACAGGGAGCUGUCCCGAAGUCACCGCGUCAAGUCGGAAGCAGAGUUUGGAGAAGCUCAUAGCUGCUGAGGGAGCCGCCAAGGUAGAGUCUCUGUCCAGGCUGGUGGCCAUCUUCGCCAAGAAGGAUGCGAAAGAUGCUAAGGAGCCGAGCAAGGAGGCCAAGGAGAAGCCGGGCAAGUCCAAGAAGAGCCAAGGACAUGCCGACGAGGAGGAGGCGGCCCACGUCGACGUCUCUGAGCUGUACCACACUGCUGCAGAUGACAGCCACAUCUUCUGCCGCAAAGUGGACAAGAAGAAGGAGAAGGCUGCUGCCCAAGAGCAGCGAGUUGCCUUGAAGGCUCAGCUGAAGGAGCUCCCACCCUCUGAUGCCCUCGUGGUGUGCCAGACGGGGCUCCAGGUGGCUUUGAAUGCCGAAGGCAUCUCGUGCCUCGUCCUCCCCGGUGAACUUUGGGCUUUGCGUUUAGCUGCCGGGUGCCUGCACAAUGAAGAGGUGAAGGAGCAGUGCCUGAAGCUCUGCGACCUGUGCGACAAGGAGAAAGGCGAAGAUGCAGUUGCUCGGGAAGCAGCAGCCACGGCAUGGAGAGAUCGGUUUGUCGGUUCAUAG